CUCUCUCUGUGUGAGUGUGUGUCUUUGUGCCUCUGUGAGUGUGUGUCUUUGUGCGCGUUUUUCUUGUAAAAAAGCCAUGCCUGCUCAAGUGAUGCCAGAGCAAACCCUUUACGGCAUUCAUGUCUUGGGAAGGGAAAACCAUCCUCCCUCUCUUAGAAGGUUGGAAGGGAAAAUUGCUACAGUCACAGGCGGUGCAAGAGGAAUUGGAGAGGCAACUGUAAGACUAUUUGCCAGACAUGGUGCCAAAGUAGUGAUUGCCGAUGUUGAGGAUACACUCGGAACCAUUCUUGCUAACGCUUUAGCUCCUUCUGUGACUUUUGUUCACUGUGAUGUCAGCCAGGAAGAAGACAUUGAGAACUUGAUAAACUCCACAGUUUCUCGUUACGGCCAGCUUGAUAUUCUCUUCAAUAAUGCUGGGGUGCUUGGAAAUCAACCAAAACACUGUUAUACUCAUUUCAUAUAGGCAUUUUAGGAUAGUUUUGCAUCCAUUUUGCCCCUAUAUUUUAGUAUAUUUUAUGUUUUUAUCUUUAUUUUAGCUUAUUUGUUAACUUUAGAUACUUUAUAUUUGAUUUUUGUAAUUUUGUUGUUUUUGAUAGGAUUUUGUGGCAAAUCGAAGAUCAAUGAGUGCAUUAGGAAGUGAUUUGAAGAAAUUUGGAGUUCUUCAAGCAUAGAGGAAAGUUGAAGAAAUCAAGCAUUGAAAGAGCAAGUCAGCCGAAAUUUGCUUGAGUUUUUGCUUAAGAUCCUGCUUAGGGUAAAGCGGCAGUGCUUAAGGUGCAGCACAAGUCAAGCAUGAGCAGAAAAGUCUAUUUUACUCUAAGUCUGCCGAGAUUUGCUGAAGGUCUGCUUAACCUUAAGCAGACAGUACGACCAGAGGCUGAAAUUUACUAAGAAGUUGCUUAGGGUUAAGCCGAACCCUAAGCAGACCGCCCAGAACGUGAAUAGUGCUGCUGACUUGGAUAAUUUUACACCUCAUUUCCUAUCAACUUCUUGGCUCUUAUUUACUUUUAGGGCAAUUUUUAGGGACCAUAUAAAUUCAUCAUUUCCUUAUUUUUGCCACAAGAGGAAAGAGAGGAAAGACAAAAAGGAAAGAAAAUUUAAUAGAGAGAGAGAGGAGACGCCAUUCUCUCUUAGGGAGGAGCUGCUGCACCAGUUUUAGAGCUCCAGAAACUAGAGAUUUUGGUUCUUCUACCUGGGUUUUUUCUAUUUUAGCCCUCUUAUCAUGUUUUUCUUUACUUUUCCAUCAAUAUUUCUUGUAAAUACCAUCAUGAGUGAGUAAACUCUUUAGAUUUCAGAGUUGGGAAAUAUGUUUUAGAUUAAUUUGUGGAUUUGGACUGGGUAUUUCCUUAUUUUACAUAAAUAUGAGUUUUGAUUCA